CUCCUCCUCCUCCUCCGUCUCUUCCCACCACUCAUCCCGAAAAGCCAACGAAAGACGGUCUUCACGUCGGAGUCCUCUUAUAUCUCCACUCGCAUAAUGGAAACUGAAUUAAAACAGCUGUGACACGCUUUCAGAAAUAACCAAACCUACAUCUUGUAAUUAAACUGCUCUGGAAGAAGCUCGUGUUUCUUCGGAUGGAGAAUUUUCAAUCGCCUUUUAGAGGGUGAAUGAGCUGAUGUCAAGCUGGUUGUGAAGGUGCUGGACUUGUUCCCCCCUGACGCCCCAAGCCGGACACAGCAUGGCGGCAGGAGUAGCGGCAUGGCUUCCCUUUGCCCGGGCAGCAGCGAUCGGCUGGAUGCCUGUUGCCAAUUUGCCCAUGCCAGUGGCUCCCACUGAGAAGAACAAGCGUCAGGAUGAGCUUAUCAUUCUUAAUGUCAGUGGACGGCGCUUCGAGACCUGGAGGAACACGCUAGACCGCUUUCCAGACACCCUUCUGGGGAGCUCAGAGAAGGAGUUCUUCUACAACGAGGAGACCAAAGAGUACUUCUUCGAUCGGGACCCUGACGUGUUCCGCAACGUGCUCAAUUUCUACCGCACAGGCAAGCUCCACUAUCCACGCUAUGAGUGCAUCUCCUCCUAUGAGGAGGAGUUGGCUUUCUUUGGCAUCAUCUCAGAGAUCAUCGGUGACUGCUGCUACGAAGAAUUCAAGGAUAGGAAGAGGGAGAAUGCAGAGCGUCUAAUGGAUGACCAGGAGGACAACAAGGACGCUAAGCUGCCCAACAUGACUUUUAGGGAGACAAUGUGGCGGGCUUUCGAGAACCCCCACACUUCCACCAUGGCCCUUGUCUUCUACUACGUCACUGGCUUCUUCAUUGCGGUCUCUGUCAUCACCAAUGUGGUGGAGACGGUGCCUUGCGGCUCGUCACCCAAUCAGAAGGAAGUGCCAUGUGGUGUACGCUACACCGUGGCCUUUUUCUGCAUGGAUACGGCCUGUGUCAUGAUCUUUACCGUGGAGUACCUGAUGCGCUUGUUUGCUGCGCCAAGCCGCUACCGCUUCAUGAGGUCCGUCAUGAGCAUCAUUGAUGUGGUGGCCAUCUUGCCCUACUACAUCGGCCUGGUGAUGACUGACAACGAGGAUGUGAGUGGCGCUUUUGUGACACUCCGUGUUUUCCGCGUAUUCCGCAUCUUUAAGUUCUCCCGUCACUCGCAGGGCCUGCGCAUCCUGGGCUACACACUGAAGAGCUGUGCCUCGGAGCUGGGCUUCCUGCUUUUCUCCCUCACUAUGGCCAUAAUUAUCUUUGCUACCGUCAUGUUCUACGCAGAGAAGGGUUCAAGCUCCAGCAAAUUCACCAGCAUCCCAGCCUCCUUCUGGUACACCAUCGUUACUAUGACAACACUCGGAUACGGAGACAUGGUUCCUAAAACGAUUGCAGGGAAGAUCUUUGGCUCAAUCUGCUCUCUGAGUGGGGUGCUGGUAAUUGCUCUGCCUGUCCCUGUCAUCGUGUCCAACUUUAGCCGCAUCUAUCACCAGAACCAGAGAGCAGACAAGCGGCGGGCGCAGAAGGUACAGAAAGCUCGCUUGGCCAGGAUACGAAUAUCCAAGGAAGGAAGCUCCAAUGCUUUCCUCCACAGCAAGCGUAAUGGCCUGUUCAACGAAGCUCUGGAGUUCACGCAACUUCCAUACAAGAUGAACCUUUCAAAUCAGAGUUCCACUGAGGAGGAGCAGCGAUUAACCAAGUCCACCUCUCUACUAGAGAGCCAGCACCACCACCUGCUGCACUGUCUGGAGAAAACCACUAAUCAUGAGUUUGUGGAUGAGCAGUAUUACCAGCAGAGCUACCUGGAGGCAGGGCUGCAAAAUUACUCGUCUCGAAGCCCCUCCCUCUCCAGCCAGGAUGGUGUGACUGGCACAUGCUGCACCCGCCGAAGCAAGAAGCACCACACCCCUUUACCAAAUGCCAGUGGCCCAGCACACAUGCAGCCUUUGACACAUGCACACACACAUCAACAAGGCUUGCAGGAGCUCAGCACCAUCCACAUCCAGCCCCUCACCACCAGCCGCUCCAGUCUGAACAUGCGCGUAGACGAGCCAGCAUCCAUGAACUGCCAGAGCAGCCAGAUCACCACAGCAAUCAUCAGUAUUCCAACACCGCCAGUGACGACUACUGAGGGAGAUGCUCAUCUGCCCGCUGGCCCCAUCCACCAGAACGUUGUGAAGGUGUCUGCACUGUGAAGACUAGAGUGCAGGCACAUCACACAGAAAGACAGAUAAAGACUCAUCGAGACAGACUGAGGGACAGAGGAGGACUGGGAAUGAUGGAGGAGAAGGCAUUCAGAGUCCUAUUCUGGCUGUGGUGGAGCCUGCCCUCUGCUGGUCAUGAACUGUAAUGACAUGGACACCCUGUACAGACAGAGGACGGCUUUUAGAUGCAGUGUAUUCAUGUUAGUGGUUGGCACACAUGUGCACGUAUGCGCUUGUGUGUGUGUGUGUGUGUGUGUGUGUGUGUGUGUGUGUGUGUGUGUGUGUGUGUGUGUGUGUGUGUGUGUGUGUGUGUGUGUGUGUGUGUGUGUGUAUGAAAGAGAAUUUCGUAGGGUGUCGUUUCAGAUGAGGAGGCGUGUGAGAGUGUGCCUCCCAAGUGUGUGAAAUGAGUCCUCAGAGUAAGUCAUGUGUCACUGUGUACAAAGCACAUUUUUAUGAUUUCUGCUUCAGUUUGACUCUUACGAUCUUUUAUUUAGCAGGAGCUAUAAAGGGAAAAGGAAGAAAUCUUAAAGGGAAAGAAAGAAUAAUACAUUAUUAGAACUUUUUUGUCAACAGAUCUAACCCUACCCUUUUGUGUCAUUUUGGCCCACUCACCUCUUGAUAGAUAAAUAUGCCACCAUUCUUUUUCAGGUCCAAUAUCAACCCAGUUGAGUGAAAAUCCUUUAAAAGAUGAAAUAUGGUAGGUGUGUCUGUGAUAGCUUCAUCAAUGAGUUGCAUAUUUGUGAAGGAGUGUAUGUGACUUUUUGCUAGAUAAAGGAAUUGUGACGUUUUGGAUAGGAGGUAUGUGCCUGUGAGUAUGUAUGUGUGUGAGAAUGGGUUUGUCUCAGUUGAUUGGAAGCUUGUGUUUCCAUUCUUCUGGAAGUCUCAAUGGCUCAGUAUAUGGCAUAUUUGACUAGCUGCCACUCUGAAGAGUUAGUUGUACACAUUUCUGUCAGAAAUUCUCAGCUACAAGCCUUUUACACAAUAUGUGCCUGUUGCUGGAGUAAAAAGAGAUUUAUUUGUGUUUAGUUUUCUGAAUCUCCCCACCACCACCACCUCCCCAGUCUUUUCCCUUUUGGCUCCUACAGACAGACAGACCUCAAAUAAAUCAAUUCUCUUACAAAUAAACCAAAAAAAGUAGGUUUGAUUUAAAUCACCACUAUAAAAAGCACAAGGCGUUUCGCUGGGAAUUUCUGACACAAAUCUGUCCUGAGCCUGGGUUCUUUGUGAAUAUUGUUAAUAGAAUAUUUUGUAAUAUUUGACCAUCGUUUGGCAGAACCAGUGAAGCUGUCUUCUCAUUGUCUCUCUUUCUCCCUCAGUCUGUCUUUCGCUCUCACUCUCUCUGUCUCACUCUCUCUGUCUCUCUCUCUCUCUCUCUCUCUCUCUCUCGUUGUUGUCCUGUGGUAUCCCUACCUCCUGUGUGAACAACAGUAUGCUUUCAGUAGUCUUUAUAGCUGUCAAUGUUUUUUCUUCCCCAAACUCAGCGGGCAUUUUUCGAAGUUGUUGAGUAUGUGUACUCCAUGUGGUUAGGAAACUUGGUGUUUGUACUUUUUGUCCUUCUUGUUGUUUCAAAGGAUUUUAUUUACUUUAUCUUCUGGAGAAUUUAAAGCAGGGCAAUAUGUUGAAACGGUGACCACAAAGACACAGAGGACACCGGAUGAGCCAUCCACAGAUCUCUAUCACCAAAUACAUGUGCAAUUCUGUCUGUUCUGUCAACUCGCAGCACCACCAUGUAACUUUAGUAUUACUUUUCAUCAAAUCCCAUCAAAGUUGACCUUCGUACCUAUGGACCGUGACCUUUUAGCUCUGCUGACCUCCUAGCGGAUGCCUCCCUGUUGGCUUUUUUCAUCUGGAAUGUCAUUUUGACUCCAACAGCUACACAGAGAGGUCUGUCUUUACGUGGAUGAGACCACUGCUGGGGUUUCUCCAAUGCUGGGCAGGGGAACUUCAGUCACAGCAGACUAAGCCCCCACUUCUGCUCCACAUUGAUGAAAUAAAAUGUGGAGAUCUAGAACACACGUACAGUGCUAGAGAUGUAAUAAUAUAUCAGCAUACUGUCAAUAUCAGCCAAGAGCAUAUUUCAAAAGCAAUACUGGAAUUGGACUAAUAUUAUGUCUGCCCAUAUGUAGCUGAUGUGAAAGUUGUUGUUUUUUUUUCCUGUAGAAGUAGACUAACAACUGUCAGACUAGUAGCAAAAUGUAUAAUGGCCUUUUUUUAAAGUAUCUAAUUACCUUAAUAUGGAGACAUCUGAAAUACUUAACCAAUUUUACACUUAUUUGUACUAAGACUUACAAAAAAAAACACAUCUUUAUCAUCUUAUCAGCCAAUAUGGGUGGAAAUACAUAGCAUAAUGGAUACCAUAUCAGUGCAUCACUACACAAGACCCUAAGGUCCCUUUAGACUUUUGUGAUUUAGUUCCCUCUGAUCCUGAGGUUAGUUCCAACCUACAAAAAAGCCAAAAAUAUUCUACAGAGUUGGAGCAGGAUGUGUUUUACCUCUGAUAUUCCUACCAGAGACCUACUACUAUUGCUGGUAAUUUAGUACUGUACACAGUGACAACAGCUGCCUAGAUCCAGUAGAGUUAAGUCAAACUGUGCGCAAAUUUACCUGGAGUAAAAAAAAAAAGAAGACAAGCAGAGUUUUUUCAGUGUAAUUUUAAAAGUGGGAUUGAAGACAUUGACUUCAUAUUCACAGCAUCAAGUCCGACAUUUAGAAUCUAUUGAAAACUACAAGGGUAUGACAUAGGUAAUAGCAGAAGUGAGGUUUCCUGUAUUUUUUUUUCCUUGCUUGGACAGUGAUUUAACGUGAAUUAUUUACUGCUUCCCUGUUUCAAGACAGGUUGUGUUGUGUCAGCUGCACUUUCAAAUGACACAGUUUAUUUAUUAUGUAAGCAUUUCUCCACUCAAAGUGUCAAAGGAUUGCAUUUUUAUUUACAAACAACAAAAACAGAUGUCUGUGAUUGUGUUUUGUCUCUCUCUUUCUCUGUUAUGUACUCCCCUUUGAUUGUCUUUUUUCUGGGCUCAGUCAGUUUCUCUCUCACUCUUUGCUUUGCCCUCCUAUUCCACCUGCUGUUGUUGAGACUACUGCUGUGCGUAUCUUGUCAGGUGUUGGAUAUUAUUUAUGACCUUGUCUUGUGUCCCGACUGUGAAACGCCUGAUAAAACAUCUAUAUCUGCCACAAAUA